UGCCCUCAGUCAUUUUCCCGUCACCCGUUGUAUUUACGGUCUGGGAGGUCGCCCUGUCGGUUCUGUCUCUUGGGUCUGGUUGACACCACGCCGCUUGACAAUGAAUAUUUACCUUCUGUUGUGUCUGUCUGCAUUGUAUUUUGUGUCUGUGUUCAACCAAGCCUCUGCUACAACUUGUUCCCACGAGAGACGAAGAGGUAUAACGGAAUACUUCACGUGUCCCGGAAUUUUGGACAGAUCGACAGCGCGGUUCUGCUGUGGUAGCAAGAAACAGCGGUACUGCUGUGAUAUUGAUAACUUCUCGGACAUCUCGGACACAGUUCAUGGCAAAUCGAAGAUCCAUAAGGCAAUCAAGUUGAACAAACUGCCCAAAAAAGCCAUCAGCAAAUCCGUGGGAGUCGUAAUUGGUGUGAUCAUAGUGGUAAUCAUUGGCCUGGUCGUGGUCGUGAUAGUUUCCUGCUUCUGCUGCGGCUGUUGCCUAUUGGCCAAGAGGAGACAACAACGAGGGCAGGUGCUCUAUGGAGGAGUAUCAACGACCACUCCUGGCACAACACGUCCGGAGGAGCAGCCACUCGGAGCAGCCCCUUAUCCUCAACAGGCCCAGCCUUAUCCCCAGCAGCCUCAGCCUUAUCCCCAGCAGCCCCAGCCUUAUCCCCAGCAGCCGUACCCACAGCAGCCAUAUCCUCAGCAGCCUUAUGCCACUGCUGGAUACCCUGUACAGCCACAAGCCGGGGGACCUGGUUAUCCAGGCUACCCUACGCCCUACCCUCCACCUUACAGCGAUGUGCCACAGCAAGACCAGCAAGCCAUGCAGCAGCAGCAACCACCUUACAAUCCUGGCUACCCUCCUCACUAAAGGAUGUGAGUCUGGUGUUUGUGCAUGAAUGGUGCAGUACGUGUGUGGUUCAGCAACAUGCUUUACGUUGAGGAUGUUCGAUUGUGUGUCGCACACCAUUGUCUGUACAGUGGACCCCGAUUCGAGAGACUCUUAUUUGCAGUCUUGUGUCAUGGCAGUUAUUAUCUCGCAUCGAUCCACAAAGCACGGUUCCCAUCAGGGGGCACCACAUAACUUUACACGCACAUCUUUUAAAACGGCCGAAUGAAACAGGAGGAUGCAACGAGUAUGGGGUGAUGGUAAAGUGCCAUUUUUCGACCAAGUUCUCAGUCAGUUCAACAAAUUAUUUUAGCCAUGUGCAGUGCCCCUCCACGUGCCAUUCCACGACCUUGUUCAUGCAUCCAGUGUUUCAACUUUAGAAGCUGGAGGAAGCUGGAGAUGUACAGCGUAUCUGAUCCAGCGAAUUAGGUAGUGUCGAUAGACGUAAGGCCGCAGUGUGUCAGAUAUCUCUAGCUAGGAGGGAAAAUGUUCAGCGGAUGCAGGAACAGCCACAAGCUGGAGGCCCUGCUGGUCUUUAUGUAGCCUGCCAUGUCAACGAACGUGUACAAAACUUGUACCUUAGUACUUGUCUUGCUGCACACCAUAAGCGUACUCCAUCCUCUACUCAUCAACGUGUGAAUGGAUUUUGAAUUUUUUAAAAACAAUUUAGUGUGUAUAUAUGUUAGAAAUAAAAGUGCUUUGUAUGUUCUGCUGGU